AUGGGGCUAAUGUUAAUGCUCAAAAUCGUAAUGGAGAUGCGCCUAUUCAUUUGGGAUAGUUACAGACUAACACCUCUUCACACUGCUCAUAGGUGUUGUGCGGAGCUCUUGUUGGAUAGGGGAGCUAACAUUGACGCCAGAGAUCACAAAGGUGCUACCCCGCUGCAUUGUGCUUCUGCUCUUGGGGAUGAAUCUGCUGUGAGUUUCCUUCUCCUUCAUGGAGCUUCAACUGAGGCUCGAGAUUCAAAACAAAUGACCCCUCUUCAUGUGGCAUGUGCGAAGGACAGAUGGGUUUGUGCUCAGCUUCUCCUGGAAGCUGGAGCAGACAUUAACGCUUUAGCUCGACAAGGAAAUACUCCGUUGAUGCUGGCUUGUGCAAGCAGCAGCCAAUGCGCCAAUCUUCUCCUGCAGAGAGGUGCCAAUGUGAAUGUUGUUGACACCAGAGGUGUCACAACUCUCCAGUUUGUCUCUGCCUAUUUCGGGAACCUAUCUCAAAUUGCUGAGGCUCUAGUUGCAAGAGGCGCUGAUGUAGAUGCUGCUGAUCUGCGUGGAAAGACUGCUCUUCAUGUGGUUUGCCAAGAUGGUGGUAUCGAGUGCUUUAAUGUCCUAUUGGAGUCAGGGGCCUGUGUUCUUGCUACUGAUGCGCUGGGAAACACUCUUCUUCUCGAGUAUGGAGCUCUCAUUGAUACUCCUAGUGAGUACCGAGAUACACCUCUCCAUGCGGCUUGUCUCUUCAAUCAUCCUUCGUGUGUUGACUCCUCCUACUCAAAGGAGCACACACCGAGUCCAAAAACCAUCAAGGGCAUCUUUUGGCAUGGGGCGUUGAUACAGAUGCUAGAGACGUUGCUGGAGAUACAGCUUUCCAUUAUUUUAGGUAGUCCUGCCACUCCCGGAGAUAAAGACGAGGAUGAUGGCUUUGCUAUAGAAGAAGGUGCUGGUGAGUUUAGCUAUACAGAAAAGUCACAUAAGGAUAACAUAUCAGAGCGGAUGCUUGGAUGGCAUCUUACUAGUGGGAAAGGGAAGGAGAUUGGACACUCUUGA